UUGCCCGUGCAGCAGCGAUGGGAGAAUUUCACCAACACCUGCUGCAUCUUGACCAACAGCUUCAAGCUUCAGUUAAUAAGUUUCUCUUCAUUUAUGAGCAAGAUCCCUUGGGAGAAGACUUCAGGACAGAAGAUGAUGUGCAAGACUGUGGUGUAAGAAUCCUAAGUUUACCAUUUUAUUAAUUCCCAGAUUUUUUUUUUUUUUUUUUUUUUUUUCAUUGAUGUUUUGUGAUUUUGCUUGUGCAACUUGUUUCUUAAUGUUGAAAACCUUUCAUAGGAAGAACUUUUUUCUCUGUUAGAAUUUUAUGGGGAAAAUAUUUAAUGGUAACAAUAUUUGUUGUUGCAGGACGUGGAACUACCAACGGCACUUGGGAAAAUGGUGGAGGCCGUCAUUGGUGCUGUGUGUCUUGAUAGCAACAGGUCACUCCAGGUUGCAUGGCAGGUAAUACAAAGGAUAUUAGGAAAUCUACUCUAUGCAUCUUUUGAGGAAGUACAGUUAAAUCCUGUUCGUUUCCUGUAGGAGGACGUGCCAUGAGAGAAUCAAGUUGUCUUUGAAAAGGGCCAAAAUGAUGGGAGUGAAAUCUUAUCUUGCACAGUGAAGGUAAAUGGCUUUGGCACCUUCACAGGUCGUGGCAUGAACUACCGAGUGGCAAAGAAAAGGGCGGCGCUGAGUGCCCUAAAGGAAAUCCAUGGCCAGAAGCCUGUAACUGAACUACUGUGUGUAUUUGUCACACCUAGAAAUGUCAAUGUUAAAAUAGCAUUACAUAUUGCUACAAUAGAAGUUUCGAGAAGGCCUGGAACACGAACCGAAUGUUGCAAUUGGCAGCACAGUGCUACACUAUUCCUCCCAGAGAACAGUCCCAUUGCCCUGCAAGUGCCCAACCCAGUCAUGACCGUUCAAAUUGCUCUGCUCAACCAUGCACGUGUCCCAGUUGCGGUGGCUCCCUUAAUGUAUUUUAUUGGAGCUGCCUGCCUACAAGCUCGAAUCUGA